GUAGCAGGAACAUUUGAUUGAUUUAUUUGGUCUUAAAUUAAUCCAGUUGGUUUAGCUGAUUUGACUUGAUUUGGUUCAUUUCAAUGUUUGGAUUUUUUUUUGAUUGAUUGAUUGAUUGAUUGAUUCGUUCAUUCAUUUAUUCAAUCGAGGGCACCUUGUUGUGCAGGGUAUGGUUGUUCUACAGCGGCCACCUCUGGAAGUCACUCCUCCAUCAACAAGGCAGCAGCCGUCACAUAGUCAAGGUAUCCAACAAGAACAUCCAGGGGUUGUUUCCGCAAUACCAACUGCGCACCGGUCUCACGCUGGUGGUGUUUUGUUUCCCCCAUUUUACGCUGCGUUUCAACCUGCAUUUCCGCCUGCGUUUCAAGCUGCGUUUCCACCUGCAGAUGCGACAAGGGAUCGCUCAGAUGUGCCCCCUUCUGAUAAUAACAUGAGCCUUCCGUCAACAUCAGCAGGAGCAGGUGAUGGUGUUGGCAGUGGUGCAGCUUCGCCACCUGCGUCUGUGUAUGAUGUUGAAUGCUGGCAAGACGAUCAAGAACAAGCCUCCCCCGGGUCGUCGCGGAAAGAUCGGCAAAGAAAGGAGUUCAAUCGCAAGGCAAACUGGACGAUCCGGGACACUUACGCCCUAAUUCGCGCGAAGAAGGAUGAGCUUGCAGAGGACACGAACCCUUUCAAGAAGAUGUCGAGGAGCAUGAAAUGGGGCAUCAUAGCAGACAAACUCCUUCGGCAGGGAAUCAAGAGAGAUGCUGAGGACUGCAGACGCCGGUGGCAGAACCUCGUCGCGCUUUACAAGCUUGUCAAUGAGUGCGAGAAUGAUCCCGGCAGCCGUAGUUACUGGUCGAUGACGGGCGAGGAGCGCAAGAAGAAGGGGAUGGUGAAGAACCUGGAGCGAGCGAUCUACGAUGGCGUCCAUUCGGUCAUAACGGGCCGUCAAUCGCUGAACCGGCCGUGCAUGACCUCGGCGUUUGUUGACGGCGAGCCCCUAAGGGCCCUUCCGGGCUUGACCCAGCAGCUCAUCGCGGCGUCGGAAAUGUUGUCGUCAACAAGGGACAGCGACGACGAAGGGCAAGAGAGGGCCGGCAGGGAGGAUCCGAAUGCCACCGCCGCGUGGCGGUCCGGUGACGAUCCCAGCUUUGGCGCUGCCAAUUUGAAGAGGAAGGCCUCUUCCGAUUUGGCAAUCGACAACAUGGCUGAAGCCUUGGAGAGACAAGCUGGCGCCUUCGCCCUCGCGUUCCAGCAAACGUCGGAUAGAACGGCGAGCAUUCUUGAGCGCCAAGGCGACAUCAUGAUGGAGCAGUCUCAAGCGAUGGUGGCGGCGUUCAAUCGAAUGGCCAGGGCGAUGAACUCCCUUGCUAGGUCUUUGGGAAGGGAGGAAAAUAACUCCCUCCCUAGAGCCUUGGCGGGAGGGGGUAAUACUUUCGGUAAUCCGUUUUCGUGAUUUCAUUCUCCCUUAGGUCCUUAGGAACAGACUAGCCUAGGCGGAACGAUGGCAGCGUUUUUUUCUUUCUUGUUUUUGUUUUUUUUUUUGGCAAAGUUUUGACUUCUCGUCGUGGCGCACUUUUGUUGUUGGAAGAUCGGGGAUCGUUGGAUGACAGUCUUCUUUUUCAGAUACACUCACUCUUUGGACUUUCUUGAAUGGUACUUGACCACUAUCGUGGUCAGAUUCAGUCGGCAAAGUCCAAUUGUGAGUAUGGAGUCCAUGGACUUAGCAAAAUUGUUAAUUAGGUGAUCAGCCAGGCAGUCCGUUAGUCGGAACUGCGUGUUUGAUUGGUUGGUUGAGUGGCCGUUAGGAAUAUACCGAUUUUCAACUGUCCGGUAGUUGAGAUUUCCGGUCGUUAGAUCUCUCGAAAUCUGCAAGAAUAUCUUUGAAGCUGUGUAUUAUAAUUGGACCCUUCCCUCCCUUUCUUCUCUUCUCGGAGGUUCGGUUUCAUCAACUUGUCUCUUCGUCUCUCUAAGUGGACUCCCAGCUGAAACACUGCUUCUCUCAGGGCAUACUCGCACGACGCACGAGGACUUUUUCCACGAAUUUCUGGACGUGA